AUGGGCGUGCUUUAUUAUGGUGAUAUUGAUAUCUCUCUUCUCACACAUCCUGAGGACUACUAUCUGUAUGAGGAUGAAGUUUUUUUCUACGCAACGGUACAGGAGAGCAGACAGUUAAUCAAUCCUUUCAAAGAAGGUUACGAAUUGUACGGAGGACAGGUAUAUGAGGCCAGCGUUGCAAUGACUCAAAUUGAAAGGCUUCCACCUCCAUACAGUACCAAUUGUUUUGACUAUAUCAAAGCGUGGAAAGAAAAUAAUGGCAGUGGACCGACAACUCAAGCAGAAUGUAUUCAGUAUUGCAAUUUGGAAACAGCCUCUACAGAAGACCUCUGUAUAACUGAACGAAUUUACAUUUCACAUACUAACAGAGUUUGUCCUUUUUGGUUAAUAGCUACACCGGUAACAUCAGAAGAUGAUAUUAUUAAAAAAUGUACCCAGCGUUGUCAGCCAGCUUGUUUGGAGAGAAUAUAAGAAAUCGAGUAUCGAAAUUUACAUGAACGCCAACAAAGUGUAAGCUUAAUACAGAUUAAAUAUUCCUUUCUGCAGUUUAAACUGAAACGACAAAUUUACCAGCCACAGUAUAAUAGUGUUGAACUAUUCAGCUACAUAGGAGGCUAUUUGGGACUAUGGCUUGGAAUAAGUCUAGUUUCAGUAUUUGAUUUAGGUGAAUCGUUAAUCAGAGUUUUAUGCUUUUCACUUAAAAAGAAAACUUCAAGAAGAGUCACUAAAAACUCUUAACGGAAUAAAAACGUUUAAAUAAGCUCCCCAUUUAAUCCCCAGUAUGUUGUAAUAUAAAGUCGUCUAGUAGGAGCUUUUUGUCUAGAAAAUAAACAAUGUUCGUGUAGAUUACAGUUUUAAAUAACUAUUUAAUUCCUUCACGUAUUCAACCAUUUUUUUCUGCACUUUUGCCAUGUAUGCAGCAAAUUGUAAAAUAAUGUGAGGCGAAAAAAAUGAAUUAAUUCGAAUGAAAUAAAUAUAAAUGAAUUAGGCAUACGGAAAAUUAAGAAUAGCUUAAUUUCUUCCGUUCAU